UCUUGCAAGCAAUAUCUAUCUUUGUGCCCAUAUACUUUGCCAUUUUCUGUAGUCCUGUAUUUUCUCUCUUUUUGCUUUUCUAUUAUUUUUCCAUUGCAACUGAAGAUCAUGGCUAGAGGCAGCGCUGCAAAAACAACAAAGAUGUUAAUGCUCAGGGAAGCUAUGCGAGUUGAUCGUGGAUUCAGCAAGCAUGCAGGAGGAGCAGAUUGGCAUAAAAAACCAGCAAGUUCAAUCAAUCCUGGUGACAAUAGAAGCUACUCGCCGUGCUGGGUUCCGCAUCCACGGACCGGCAUAUACUACCCAAAAGGCCAGGAAUGGGUGAUGGACGAUCUUCCUGAGCAAGCUGCUUCUUUAAACAGGACCCAUUGGCUUAGGAACGUUGAUGGUGUGGACAAAGCAGACCACAAUACUCCAUCUGAUCUUUACCUUCAUACUAGUGUGUGAUAACAUUCUAUUGUGAAUGACCUGACCUUAAUUUAAGUCAAAAUUGAUAUUUGGAGAUCUUUUAUUAGAGAUGUCUACAGUUCAAAUUCAUCAUCUCUUGCUUAAAUUGUAUCACCAAAAUUCAAUACUUAUUCACCAAUAAUGUAAAAGUAGAUGAUUCGCUCUAGACUAAUAACAUGAAUAACAUGAAAAGUUACAAAGAGUUUUGAUUAA